AUGCCGAACAACGCUGAGACGACCUCAACCCAGCCCAUCUUUGGGCCAGCAUGCUAUCAGAAGGCUUCACAGGCGCGAAUAAUUUGCCCGACACAAACGAGUAUGUUCGCUCAAGUAACCUGUUACCCACCUUUGGGCCAAGUAACGUGUCCCCAGAGGAUACAGAAAGCAAUAAAAUCCGGAAAGAAUGAUACGAUUCGAUUCAUAGCAGUGAUAGAAUCGAGCACUGCAUUUCCUGAGCAGUCUUGGGAGGUCGACAUCUGGCACAACAUCACUGGCCCCGAAUGGAGUGCUCUUCCUCUGCAAAGACAAAAUGGCCCCAUAGCACCGCUUAUGAAUGGCGAGAAAUCCGAAUACCAGUCAUAUCGCCGUGUCUUUUCCCAGGAAAUUACUCUUCCGAACAAUGGUGGUCAUGCUCAGUUUACUAUUCGCUUCCGAUCUGAUCCGGAUGCGGACUGGCGUUGGGCGAAUGAGCAGCAGCGCGUGAGCGAUGGAGAGCUGGUCUUUGCCCCGAGGAUGACCUUCGAGAAAUCCGUAGUUUGCGGGGAGCAGCUGGGCAAGUAUUUUGAGAAGCUAUCCCCCGAAAUAAAUAUCGAGCCACGAAAGAGUGAAGCCCCUGGGUCAGUCUUAUGGAAGCUUUCUGGAGGCAUCGAUCCCGCAAAAGACGGCAAAUCUAGUUCCAAAUCACUACCUCUUGGAGUACCCUCUUCGAUCGCUCGAUACUUUGCAUUAGUCCGGGUAUGGACGCCAUGGCUUGGACCUAGGCAUGGUCGAAAAAAGUUCGAGUUGGCCGAGGAUGCCAUCCUAUGUUCCUUUCUUCGAACAGACGGCAUCCAUGUAGUUGUCUUGGCCGUCUCCGGGACUUCCAACGUAACUGUUCUUGGCUCCGGAGAAGACGGGAAAGUGAUCGUUCGGUCGCAGAAUGAUUCUACCGGGUCCUCGGAAUUUCAGGUCCUGGUUGCCGCGGCAGAUCAGUUUGACGUGGCCAUUAGCGCAGUGAUGUACGAAGCACGCAAAGCUGUCCGACCGUAUAAAGAGCCACAGCCGUCUGGGCAUCCAUUAAGCCCAAAGUCACCGGCCGGCGAUAGUUUCGUCAUGGUUGAAAAGGACCCCGAGGCGCAAUGGCUGGCAGACUGGUACGAUGGGUUGACUUACUGCACUUGGAACGGCCUAGGCCAGAGCCUGAAUGAGGAAAAGCUUUUGGCGGCUUUGAAAACACUGAAAGACCAUGAGAUCAAAAUCUCCAAUUUAAUCAUCGACGACAAUUGGCAGGCCUUGGAUCAUGAGGGCGGACCCCAGUUCAAGCGACGAUGGACGCAAUUUGAGGCAAACCAAGAUGCAUUUCCCCGAGGAUUAAAGCGCACUAUCGAGACAAUCCGCGAGAGCCACCCCAAUAUUGAUCAUAUCGCCGUCUGGCAUGCCCUUUUUGGAUACUGGGGCGGCAUUGCCCCGGACAGUCAGUUGACUGCGAAGUAUAAGACCAAACAAGUCAAAAUCAAAGAUCCUAGGGCCAGCGGGCCUAUCGCCCAUGCGUUCGAAGAUCGAUCCCUAUUGGCCAUUGAUCCAGACGAUAUUCAGCGCUUUUAUAGCGAUUUCUAUAGCUUCCUGUCAUCGACAGGAGUUGACUCCGUGAAAACAGAUGCACAGUUCUUCCUUGACCUUUUGGAGGAUCCGGAGGACCGGAGAGAGUUCGGGGCUGCAUACCUGGACGCAUGGUCUAUCGCCUCGUUGCGAUACUUUAACACGAGGGCGAUAUCAUGCAUGUCCCUUUUCCCCCAGGCUAUCUUCCACAACCAGCUACCGACAAACAAGCCCACCAUCCCGCUGCGUAAUUCCGACGACUUUUACCCUGAUAUCCCAGAGUCUCAUGCCUGGCACAUAUUCUGUAACGCCCACAAUGCUCUGUUCACUCGAUUUCUGAACGUCCUUCCUGACUGGGACAUGUUUCAAACCAGCCAUCCAUACGCCUCUUUCCAUGCAGCGGCGCGCUGUGUCUCCGGUGGCCCUAUAUAUAUUACCGAUGAGCCAGGAAAGCAUAAUGUUGCGCUGCUCAAUGAAAUAACCGCCCCUACUGUAUAUGGGUAUACUGUAAUCUUGCGGCCUAGCCUGGUGGGCCGCACAAUCGACACAUACAAUGGCUACAACGACGACCAGGUCUUGCGUGUUGGAACCUACACUGGCUGGGCAAGAACCGGAAGCGGUAUCUUGGGUCUCUUCAACGUCUCCGCUGCCAAAAGGUCAUGUCUAGUCUCCCUACUCGACUUUCCUGGAAUCCACGAAGAUUAUACUACGCAGUACAUAGUGCGCUCCCAUACCAGUGGCAGUAUUACAGACCCAAUGUCUCCAACAGAUACCAACUCUGUUGUGGCACUUGACCUCGAGCGGAAAGACUGGGAAAUCCUUACAGCCUAUCCCGUUCGAACAUUAACCCUGAAGGCCAACCCGGAGAAGAACAUUCCACAUGAUCUGAAAACCGACGUUGCGGUUCUCGGAUUGCUGGGCAAAAUGACCGGCGCGGCUGCUCUUGUCAGCUCGGAUAUAUACGCUGAGCAAAAUGGCCGUCUCCGAGUGGACGUUAGUUUGAAAGCACUAGGUACAUUGGGAAUAUACUUCACCAACUUGGGAUAUCGGAGUAUCGCGCAGAACUUCAUGGUUACGAUAUUGGGAGACCCGGUUCCACAGAAAACUGUGCACCUGGAGGGAGGCGAACACGGUCGCCUUUUAUCUGUUGAUAUUUUGGCAGCUUGGAGAAUAAUGCGUCUCGAGCCUGGCUGGAGCAACGAAAUCAUUGUGCAUGUUUUUGUUGGAUGA